AUGGCCAUUUAUGAUGAUUAUUGCCAAGUCACCCGCAAACACAAACAGUUGAAAGCAUUUAUUAAUGGACAUAUGAUUUAUGAAAUCAUUGUAGUUAAAUUUCCAACCUUGCCGACGCAACAACAAGUGAUUGACCUGAUUCCGAUGCAUAACCUUGGCAAAGCAGUUGUAUCACCAAAAUCAGAAAAAGAUUGGCAUUGUAGCAUGAACUUUUUUGGAAAACAGAUAAAAAAUAGGAAUGAAAUAAAUAGACUGGUGUAUGAUGAUAGAGUAGGGGAAGACAGCUUAGCGAUGUAUUAUGUCAGAAACAAAGUUCAGUUAACGCGAUUGACAGUUAAGGUACCUGCAUUAUUAGGUAAGUUGUGGAGUUAUGAUUUCAUUCCAUGUAGUCUGGAAGACGCGAUGUUGAGAGCGGAAGCGAAUGGAGAAGUAUUAUCUGACUGCAUAGUAUGCGCACUGAUGGGCGAUAACGAGAUUAGGUUUGAGGCUACAAUAAAGAUGGGAUCAGAUGUCAUAAAGGCUACGAACCUGGAAACACCUGAAGACCUUGAAAAUAAAGCCAUUCUAACAGAAUCAGAAUCCAUAGUGAACAAUCUAAACCAAGGAUCAAUAAAAUCCAAGGAGGAAAACAUUUUAAAGGAGAAAGAUAAAAUAAUUCAGCAAUUUUUGGAUGCUACUCAUAAUAUCAAAACAAAAGCACAGCUUGAAGUGCUUCGCAGCUAUUCGGACAACAGUCAAGCUCCCAACGGCAAAACUGUACCAACCACAAACACCUCAGUUGUUCUGGUUUACCCAGACGCUGACAAUGAGCACACUAAGAGUUUUACCUCAGACCAAACAAGAGCCGCAUUAACCACAAUACUAAGACCUAGACAAACAGGCUGCAAGAUUGACAAAGUCAACAAACUACCAGCGGGUGGACUCCGACUGGAGUCCAGCAAAUUUGACUUGAGUGCCCUGAGCACACAGGCUCUAAAAGAGAAAGGCCUGGUACUGAGGGUCCCUACCAAACGACCGGCAAGACUUGCCAUAUAUCAUGUUCCGGCCUUGCUUGAUGCAGAGGAGGUAGAAGAGGCGAUAAUCGCCCAAAAUUCAGACGGGCUAACCAAUGACCAACAGGACAUCCUGAAAGACGGAGUCCUUGUAAAGUUCAAGUUUGGACCAAGAGAUUCCAGCACAGUCCACUGGAUAGUUCAAACAACCCCAAGAGCUCGGAAAAUCAUACUAAAUAACGACCAACUCUACAUUGGCAUGAGCAAAUGUAGAGUGUCAGACCACAUCAGAGUGACCAGGUGUCACAAUUGCCAGCAAUACGGGCACAUGUCCUCAUCAUGCAGAGCCAAAGCACCAGCUUGCGCACAUUGUGCCAAGCAACACAACACUGAUAAAUGUCCCACCAAUAACCAAGACCCAAUAUGCAUCAACUGAAAGGAAAACAUCGCCCUUAUAAAAUUCUUCUGA